AUGAAAGAAAAAUGGAACUUUAUUUUAUAUCUUAUUUGGUUUUCCUAUUUGAUAAUGUCAGCGACAUUAAUGUUUGGACACGGUUUCUUACUAUCUCGUAAAACCCUAAGUGAUGUAUCUGAAUGUGUCGGACAAGAUUUAAUUCAAUGUGACAAAAAGUCUGGUGCUUCGACAGUUUGCAGUGAAUCUGAAAGAAUUGAGCGUAUAUUGAAUAAUCCUGGGUCACCUUUAAUUUGUCCACUGGUGUCAAGGAGGGUUGUACUUAUAUUGGUUGAUGCACUUCGUUAUGAUUUCACCGAGUACAAUCCUAAUUUAGAAAACCCUUUACACUAUCAAAACCGACUGCCCGUGAUUUACAAAACAUUAAAAAAAUGGCCAGAAAAGACACGUAUAUUCCGCUUUAUGGCAGAUCCACCAACUACAACUUUUCAGAGAGUAAAGGCCUUAGUGACAGGAUCUCUGCCCACUUUUGUAGAUGCUAGCUCAAAUUUUGCAGCAAUGGAGUUACACGAAGAUAACAUAAUUGAUCAGGUAACCAAAAGUGGUGGUCAUGCUGUAUUAUUAGGAGAUGACACCUGGGCACGCUUGUUGCCUCAGAGAUGGCUAAGAUCUCAUGCCCUUUACUCGUUUCAUACUUGGGACUUGGAUACUGUUGAUACUGAAGUGGAUUCCAAAAUUUAUGAUGAACUGAAAAAGAAUGAUUGGAACAUAUUGUUAGCUCACUACUUGGGUGUAGAUCAUGCAGGUCAUAGAUAUGGGCCUAACCACGCAGAAAUGGCUCGGAAACUUAAUGAAACAAAUUCAAGACUUGAGAAAAUUAUAGAUGUUUUGCCUUCUGAUGCAAUAAUGUAUGUUAUUGGUGAUCAUGGAAUGACUGAGACAGGUGACCAUGGUGGGGAGACUAAGGCAGAAAGAACGGCUGCAAUGUUUGCCUACUAUAAGGGUGGGUUAGCUGGCGAUGGAGAGGAAACUGCUCCAGGGAGGGAAAUACAACAAACUGAUUUGGCACCUACUGUGUGUGCUGCUUUAGCACUGCCACCUCCAGCACCAUCUUUAGGGAAUGUGUUGUUGCCAUUACUACCUCAUAUGAAGCCAUCAAACACCUUGUUGCAUCUAACUAACAAUUUAAAACAGGUGACUCAAUACUUGGUGAGAUAUGGGGAAGAGUCUCAACAAGUAUCUCUUGAUAGAUUGGCUGAGUUAAUUAAUUCUACAAGAGAUCAAAUUGAAAAGGCAUCGAAUAUAGUUUCGGAAGAGGAUCUCAAAACAUAUGUUGCAGAUGUUAGAACACUCAUGGAUAAUAUUCGCGCCAUCUUUCGUGAAGUCUGGGUCGAGUUUGAUUCGUUGGCCAUGUUGAGGGCUCUACUCUUACUGUUACUAGCCAUAUUUUUCAAUUGGAUUAUUGCUGACGGCAUUUCUAUAGAUCGCAUUCCUCAUGUAUUCUCAAGUUCAUUUGUGCCUACCGGGUUAAUAUCCAUGGCGAUAUGUAUAUCUUUAUGCUACAUGGGCCAUUAUUGGCAGCUAUUCACAGACUUAGAGAGUGCAAUAAUUUUAACGACUGGAUUAAUAUCUGGUGCGGUCACUGGUGCUCUUGUUAUAUUGCACUGGGAUGGAAUUUCGCAGAAAUGGUAUGAGAACCGCACGCCGUUCUAUGAGCGCUUCGCUCGUACGGUUUUAUUCGGUUCCUCUGCGGUUUUGGCAUCAAAUAGUUAUAUCAUAGAGGAGGGUGCCGUUUUAUCGUAUUUAUCGUUGAGCGUUAUUGGACUUAUAGCGUGGAAUAUUGGUAGUUUAAAAGCUUUAGCGUUGUGGGCUGGUUGUGGGUUAGUUUUCGCGUUAACGAGGCCGUAUAGGGGUUGCAGAGAGGAGCAAGGGGACUGUUGGACAGCGGGAGAUAAUUUGAACAGUGGACAAGCGUCGAGGGCGGCGUUGGUAAUUGCGUUGGGUUCGGUGGCAGCUGUAGUUGCGGUUGCUAGGCGACAGGUUUCUUGGAGAGGGUACGGGAUAGUGAUUGCGGGUAUCUUCACGUGUGCGCAUUGGGCGGUUGGCUGGGGUUCUUUAGGAUCGCCUAAUAGAUCUAGGCUGCUUGCACGCGUUGCAUGGCUCUUCAUCGCUGCUAUGUUCGGUCUGUUAUUGAAAAAAGACCGCAAUGGACCGGUGACUCCACUCAUAGUCUGUGGCUUGUUGUUUUAUUUAGCCAAUUGUUUGGUCCUGGGAGCGUCUUACGCGCCUACGGCUGCGCUGGCGUUGAUAUCCGGCUUUUUGAUACUUAACAUGGUGUCAUUGAUGAAGAACGAUGGAUCGUCGAAAUCCUCUUUAUCGUCCCGAAGUAGUUCUACUUUGGCGUGUUUAUGGGCGCUGGUAGCUUCAUACAAUUUCUAUGGUUCGGGACACCACCCUACAUUAAGCCAUAUCAGCUGGACGCCGGUGUUCCACGCUGGUGACCCCAACUACAGCGCAUUUGGCCCAGUCGUCUCCUUCAUACUACUGAUAUUGAAUUUGUUUGGAAUGCCGAUGAUGUUUGGUGCAACAGUUCCACUUUUAGCGUUGUGGGGAAAGAAUGGAGCGAUGGGACCGAGAUCACAAUUAGCUUCCGUCUUCUCGCUGUGCCUCAAAUAUUCAUUGUGUUUUGCUAUACGAGUAUUAGCGUGUGCUUUAUCAGCAACGAUACACUGCCGACAUCUCAUGAUAUGGGGCGUAUUUACACCCAAGCUUAUUUUUGAAUAUGGGGCCUGUGGUGCUGCCCUUUUUGGCUCACUUAUCGGCGCCGCGCUCACGGCCUGGCAUCUAUCACCAAAUAAAUCUAGUUGA